AUGGUGGUCGCCACAGGAGAUGAUGCGUCAAAGAAAUACAGUUUUGAAACUGCUUUAGAUUUGACAGGCUUCGGUAAAUAUAACAUAAUCAUGCUAUCAACAUGCUGCUUCACCAUCCUGGCCAUGUACAUGGACAUCUUCGGCUUCAGCAUAUUAAUGCCACCUAUAGCCUGCGACAUUUCACUCGAUAAUGCGCAGCAAGGGCUACUCUCAGCUGUGCCUUUAAUGGGUGUAAUGUUUUCGUCGUACGUCUGGGGAUUAGCGGCUGACACAAUAGGACGACGUAAAACCCUUCUGAUAGCCAUGCCAAUUGGCUUUUUGUUCAACAUAGCUGCUAGCAUGGCACCUGGGUACACGUCAUUAGCGAUACUUAAGUUCUUCUCAGCCACGUUUACAUCAUCAGCGAAUGCGGCGGCAUUCGUUCUGUUGGGGGAAAGCGUGUCCUCCAAGAAUCGCAGUCGGUUUAUGUUCAUUAUGGCUAGUGCCACCCUGUCUACGCAGUUGCUAUUAUGCCUUUUUGCUAUACCAGUCUACAAAUUAACAUUUCACUACGAGAUAUCCUGGUUGAACGUGGACUACAGGCCCUGGAGAUUAUUGAUGCAAAUAAUCAGUUUGCCUGCAGUCAUUGGUAUUCUAAAUCUCUUGAUCUUGAAAGAGAGUCCUAAAUUCCUUCUAAGUAAAGGUAAAAACUACGAAGCGCUCGCAGUUUUGCAGAAUAUAUUCAAAUGGAACACUGGACUUGAAAAGAACGAAUACCCUGUGACACAUGUGUACCUAGACGAUGAAAUAGUGGUAAUAGAAGGUGGGACGUCUCUGUUGCUAAAAAUAUGGAACCAGACCGCGCCUCUAUUCAAACCACCACUGCUAAAGAAUUCCAUCAUACUUUAUUAUAUAUUGCUAUGCGCUUAUAUGACGUGUACUGGUUUUUCGAUGUGGGUUCCAACGAUGACAAAUGAGUUCUUUAUGGGUGAAGAUACUUCAGGCCGCAGCUUCUGUGAAGUUUCCAGUCGCAGUGCGGUUAAUCACCAAACGGCUUCUAGAGACUGUGACCACAUCAUCCAGCCAUUAACAUUCUACGCAGUAAUGUUUUACUCCGCAAUGGCAACAUGCCUGGGAAUUGUUAUAUCUUUCAUAGUUGGUCCUCUUGGCAAGAAGUUCACCACACUUAUGGUGUUUGUCAUAGCGAUCGUGUGUGGUAUCCUGCUGCUGUUUUCGAAAAUACCUUUGUUAAGCAUGGGGUUAUUCUUUUUCUUCCUGUAUGUUUCUCUGAUUUUGGGGAAUAUUAAUACGUACUUGGUGGAGUUGAAUCCGACACAUUUACGAGGAAUGGCGACAUGUCUCUCAGUGGUGGUGGCCCGUGGGUUUGCGUUUAUCAGCGUGCAAUUGAUUGGCAAUCUUCUGGCAAACCAUUGUACGGCAAUGAUGAGUGGAUUUAUAGCUUUAAAUAUAUCUGGACUGCUGGUAGCAGCCUUUUUGCCGCCUGAUCACAAAAAAAAUAGAAGUCAGCAUUAA